AUGAACGUGGAUGUUGAGCAGUCUUUAAUGACAAAGCCAUUUAACGACCUUGCUUCAGUAAAUUUCGGUCAUAUUGCUCAAUUAAUUUCUAGCCCUUCCAUCCCUCCUUUUACCCAUUCCUAUAAGCUUAAUUUUCCAUCCAUUCCCUUUUUAGUUUCCUCUCCUUCUACUUUAACUCAACAUAUGCCAUAUCUUCAUGUGUCGAUCAUACCGACAUAUAGCCAUCGUAAGGUGAGUUCUGGUGUUAAGUCACGUGGAAAAGCUUUGAGUACUUGUCAACAUAUCGGCUCAGUUUUAGAUUACAAUUCUGUUAACCCAGCUGCAGAUGAAGAAAGAAAUUUUCAUAUUGAAUGGUGCGAUUGA